UCAGCCGACCAGAUACAUCUCCUUAGUGCUCACCUCCAACCGGAGGCUAAUUAGGUGACCAGGCGCUAUCGGUGUGAUCAGCACCGUCGUUAUUAUAAUCAUGAGAGCUGACCAACAUGCCCGGCGGGAGGGAGGUGGCCAGUUAAAUACAAUGGAGCAUCGGCUCAUUAUCAGGCCUCACGACUUGGCUUCAACUGCAAAAUUCAUCAAAUAUCGUUUGUUUGCAACCAAUUUGUUUCAGUAAAAGUUACAUUUUGAUUCAAAGGUCCUAAUCUGCGUAUCACUUUGAAAUCGGUGAUAAUGAGUUGUUCAUGAUGGAAAUCAUACAACGUACUCUGUGUUUGUUUUCAAUGUCGGCUAGAAGCACAUGGUGCGUAGUUGUGCUAUACACGUCUCGCGAAAACACCGCUGCCUUACUGGUACAUCUUAGGGUAAAUGAAUGAGUUUAUACAACCAAAUUACUGGAGAAUUACGCAGAAUCAGCGAAAUCGCUGGGGCGAGGCUUUAAUAACCCCCUGCCAGUAUACACAAUGCCCUGUUAACUGAGCGGUACAGGUACCGUGUAGGCGUGAUGCAUGCGCGGCUCUCACAGGUAUCAUUCAGAGACCAAACGUGACAACUCGCACAAGGAAGCACACUUUCUUUGAGGAAAGCAAACUUUUGGUUCUGUGGAUAAACCGUUAUCGGCAAGGAACGUUCUAAGUUGACAAGGCACGCGACAAGUCGUAGGUGGGAAUAUUGCUGAAAAUAUUACUUUAUCACGAAAACAACUUUGUGACCACAUUUUAUGAAAGGAUACCUCAUCUUGCGGAAGCAUAGUUAUCAUCAGUGUACCUUGAUACACACGCACGACCUGUGGAUGAUUUGUGAGUGAGGAAAAAUCAUCGCAUUACAAUUACGGAUCAGGAAAAAUUGUUUAAAGAGGGCACCUGUCCUCAAUUUUGGGCGGAGGCGCGUUAUGGACAGCAACUUCUUCGGACCAUCACUCAAAAGACGACUUUUGAUUCUUAUCGUGGCACGUCAAAUUUGAGAUAUUAGCAGGACUAAGGAAACAAAACCCUCGGAAAAAAGUCUUACAAGCGUGCUGCGUUAUUGGUAUAAAAUGACGCUGUUCCUAACAAAAGGAUGACAUUAAUAUCUGCUUUCUUUAAAACGCCAUACGAGGGAUAACUUAUGUUGGGUGCUGCAUAAUGAUAUCUCCUUAUUUCAGAAACAAUUCUCAAGUGAACCCUCAGAUAUUGUGGGUAGUGGUGGGAUUAAUAACUAUCAUGUCGGUCCGUAUUAUUAAGACAGCGCCUCUGCAAGAAGAUCCUGGAGUGGAGACUAGGAGCCUCGCAAGUUUAUCGGGACAAACAAGAAGAGGACAAAUUUUAGAAAACGAAAAACAUUUAAGAACAAAUGCAAACAAAAACGCCAGUGCCCAUAUGACCGCAGAGGACUUAACUGCCAUUCAAGCCGAUGAUGCAUCGGUAGCCAGAGCUGCUUAUCACACCUCUAGAGUUUCCAACCGUGAUAACGAUCGCCACAUGCCAAGUGUCAAGAUUGAGUGUGAGCCCACGUCGACGGAAACUUUACGACAAAUGCUUGGCCCAGCAUUCAAUGCUCGCUAUAUGUCUAUCAGCAGGCCUUACUUGCGUCCGUCGGUCGGGAUGAGUUUGGCUGGUGGCAUGGUUGGGGAUGAACCUAUCGAGAUUCGCCGGCGCCACGAUCCUGCCAACCAUCACGGACAGUUCCGAGUACCUGAAGGUUUCGAACGCGAUUUACCCAGUGACUAUGUCAGUUCUCAACACAGACGACACCAUCAUGGGCAACACAGGCGGAGUGCUUCGGAGAGGUUUCUUUCCCGCGUGAAACGUGCGAAAACUUCACCGCGCCGACCGGGUGGCGGACGUGGUGGCUCACCACCGUGGCAGUGUGACUCGAGGAUUGUAUGGGAUGACCUGGGCUCCGAUCACUUUCCAAGAUUUCUGCGGACGGUUGAAUGCACGCAACAAGACUGUUGGUUUGGACACUAUAGCUGUGUUCCUCGUGCAUUUACUGUUAAUGUUCUUAGAAGAAAAACUGAUGCUUGUGUCCCUGUGUAUGGGAAUCCCACAGGACAAGAUGAUCGACGCGAAAUCAUUCGCUACGAACACGAGUGGAUAUUUGAGGAACGGUCCGUAACGUUUUGUUGUGAUUGCAGUGCAGAAUAAUUGACAAUUGUAAAUGUAUUCACUUUAUUGCCAAAUCAAGGUGACAGCGUUCAGAGCGUCAUCAAGUAGAAAUUGCCACAAUCAGCUCGUUAACUUAUUAGUGUGUCAGCCUCAGGGCUUGACGGUGUAAAUAGAUAAAGGCCACAGAUUAACGUCAAUGGAUCCACUGCGAUCAAAUAUUUGAUCGAAAAGAUGCCACUGUAAGUUUUUUUUCUUAAUCAAGUAUUGUGGGGUCGUUUUUUUUCUAUCCUUUAUAUCAGAGAUAUGCCCUAUUUUUCUUUUGAGUCAGAGAUACAUAUAUACAGUCCUGUAUUAUAUAUGAAUUAAAUUACCUGGAAGGUUGUCAUUAUAUAUACUGAGUGUCCUGAAAAAUUUGAUGCUAAAUGACUGACUAGAACAAUUUUAUGAGACUGUCAAUUGCAGAUAAGAUUUAUUUAAAAUUUAGUGUUUGAACGCAUGAUAUCAAUUUUUAACGAUUACUGAUGCCUCAGUAUGCAGUGCGUGCGUUUUUUUCCCUCCGCCUGUUUAGAUCGAUUUACAUCAGAUUAAUGUACUUAAAAAUUAUACGGUUGCAUUAUAAUUAUGUAUUCUUAAAUAAGUUUUUU